AUGUGCCUCGGCAGCAGCUCCGGCGGGAUGUUUUCUUCGCGACGACGGGUUGGGGUUUCCAAGUGCGGGAGCGGAAACGCCAAGAACAUGGGGCUGUCGGACCUCAGCGUGCAGGGCGAUUCGGGCUUCUUGCUGGCGCAGGGAAAGAACUGCCUGGCGAGGGGUCAAGGGAGGCUGCGCAAUUCCGCCGACAUGCAGACCCCUGCUAUGGUACGCCUGUGA